AUGAGCGGUAUGGAUCUUAGACCCUCAACAGAUAUUGAGAUGGCAAGCCAUACGCCUCCACUCCCUCCUGCAUCCAAAGUGUCGCAGACGGCGGGCCCUGAUGUUCCGUUGUCGGCUGCACAGGUCGAUGUGCUUCAAGUGAUAGAGAGGCGGAGAGGCGUGGCCACUACCAUUCGCCAGUAUAUUGUCAUUGUUGCACUGUUUUUGUCCCUGUUCGCCGCUGCCCUUGACGUUACCAUCAUUGCAACGGCCGCGCCAACGAUCAGCGAGGAGCUCGCUUCUGCAGUCGGGUACACCUGGAUUGGAGCUUCCUUCCUGCUGGCAAACGUUACGACUAGCGCAAUCUGGGUGAAGCUCUCCGAUAUCUGGGGUAGGAAAGUCAUUCUUAUUGUGCUGCUGGCCUGGUUUGCGCUAUCCUCGGUAGUGUGCGCAACCGCAAAGACGAUCGAAAUGCUCAUUGUUGGUAGAGCUUUCCAGGGGGCGGCAAGCGGCGGGCUCAUCGUGCUGGUACAUGUUUGCAUCAGCGAUCUUUUCAGCUUAAGACAAAGAAGUCUACUUCUCGGUCUUACAGAGGGCGUUUGGGCCUUGGCCGGGGGCAUCGGUCCGGUCCUAGGCGGCGCAUUCUCGUCAUUGGCCUCGUGGCGCUGGUGCUUCUGGAUUAACCUUCCCAUCUCGGGCCUGGCAGGUGCCAUAAUCUUCCUGUUUCUAGAUAUCGAGCACGAAUACACUUCGUUUGUCGAUGGCGUCAAAGCUAUAGAUUGGCUUGGCAUAAUGACGUUUCUUGGAUGCAGCGUCAUGCUACUGCUCGGCUUAGACUUUGGCGGUGAUCUAUUCCCUUGGAAUUCUGCUAAAGUCAUCGCUUUAUUGGUUGUUGGCGGCGUUCUGGUCUUUGCAUUUGUGUACAGCGAAGUGAAGAUUGCAGAGCAUCCGCUCAUUCCGAUGCAUAUUUUCACCAAGAUGACGAACAACGCAGUGCUUCUGUUAGCAUUCUUUCACGGCUUUGUCUUUAUCAGUGGCGAGUACUACAUGCCAUUAUUUCUACAGUCCGUAUUCGAGGCUACGCCCCUUCAAUCCGGACUCCUUCUUCUCCCCUUUAUUGUCAUGACUGCACUUUCGGGAAUCCUGUGUGGCGUGAUCAUCCAUCGUACCGGUAGCUUCCGGGAGCUCCUAUGGGCAGGUUCAAUCUGCCUUUGUGUCGGAUAUGGACUUUUCGUUUCGUUCACCACGCAAGCGAGUACAGCUCAGAUUGUUGGAUAUCAACUUAUCGGCGGCGUAGGCUCAGGCCUGCUCUUUGAGACGCCAAUCAUUGCUAUCCAGAGCCAUGUCAAGCAAGAGAAUGUUGCAACUGCCACAGCUACGCUCAGCUUUAUCAGAAAUGUUGGAAUCACGCUUUCUGUCGUGGUUGGCGGCAGUCUUUUUCAGAGUUCUAUGAACCAACGUGUUGACUACCUCCGCUCCGCCGGCCUCUCUGCCAAACUCCUCGCCAAUUUUGCUGGAGAUAGCGCAAUGGCGAAUGUUCUCACAGUAAGAACUAUAGAAAAUGACGCCUGGAAGACCGCGGUGAAGGAGGCGUUUUGCUGGUCUAUGAGGAACAUGUGGAUCCUCUAUACCGCUGUGGCAUUUUUGGGAAUCGUAGCAGGCCUUUUCGUCAAGAAGAGUGACUUGAGUACGGAACACACAGUCACAGUCACAGGUCUCAAGAAGACUCCGCGCAGCGAAUUAAGACCACCUGGCACCGAAUUGUCAGCAUAG